AUGCCAGCCCUGCUUGCUUUGCAGGAGCCCGGCAUGGACGCUAAAUUCUCUGGCUACCGAACUUUCCAGGGGGGCCCCUCGUCGUGCAUCCUGGACGUCCUUCUCCAGCUGCACAGGACCAUCAUACAACCCACAACUAUGCAACACAAUGACAAAGCCAUCCUCGCCCUUGAUCUGAAGGGGGCUUUCGACAAUGUUAAACACGGUAGCAUCCUGGCUAACUUGAGUUCCACCGAUUGCGGGGCUAGGACCUUUGCAUACAUCAGCGAUUUCCUCUCUAAGCGCCAGGCUCUUCUUCGGAUCGAGGACGAGGAAUAUGGCCCGUACAUUAUGGGAACACGGGGUACCCCUCAGGGAGCUGUGUUAUCACCGCUCCUGUUCAACAUUGCUAUGAUGCGCCUCCCAAAUGAAUUGGCCCGGGUGGAAGGCAUUCAACACGCAGUAUAUGCCGAUGACAUUACAAUCUGGACCACCGAAGGGAGCAUUGGCGAAAUGCAGGAACGCCUUCAGCGGGCCGCAUCCAUAGUCGAGGCGUAUGCCAACGAUUGUGGACUCCAGUGCGCUCCAACCAAAUCAGAGCUUCUGCAUGUUAGAGCGAAACCAAGAGAUAAAUCAGCCAUACACGUCUCUCUGUCCGGGGUUCCCAUCAGAGAGGUGGAGGAGCUUCGGAUUCUGGGCCUGUUCAUUCACCACAGACUCAGACCGGACUCCACUAUUGCGAAACUUCGGAGAGUAGGCGAACAGGUAGGGCGCAUGAUCCACCGCGUUUCCAACAAGCGGGGCGGUCUGCGGGGCGGUCUGCGGGGCAGGGACGCGCUUCGGCUCGCCCAUGCCUUCGUGACUAGGCGGAUACUCUAUGCCGUCCCAUACCUUCGCACUAACAAGCACGAAGACGAAAGACUAGAUGCCAUCAUCCGUAAGGCGACUAAGCGAGCUCUGGAUCUCCCUGUUGCCACCUCCAACGCCAAACUCAGAGCGUUAGGUGUGCUCAACUCCUACCAAGAGUUGCGGGAGGCCCACCUUGUGAAUCAAUAUACGCGGCUCAUGCAGACGGCCCCCGGGCGCCGCCUGCUAAACCGAUUACAGAUCCAACACAACCCGUCAGGUCGCUUCGGCUAUGCCAGCUUGGUCUAA